AUGACAGCUCAAAUCCUCACAAAUGUAACUCGUCGAAAAACAGGCACAAUAGCCUACCUCACGAUCUCCCGCCCAAACAAACUAAACGCCCUAAACACACCUCUCCUCGAACAAAUACCCAAAACCUUACAAUCCCUGACAUCCCAAAAUAAUGAUCUCCUUGGCAUAGUCCUCACUGGCGCAGGCGAUAAGGCUUUCGUUGGUGGAGCAGAUAUAGCUGAGAUGGCAGCACUGGAAUCACCUUCUUCUGCUCGAACAUUCAUCUCGAAGGUUCAUGGAGCGUGCAAUAGUCUGCGACAGUGUCCUGUACCAGUUAUUGGGAGGGUGAAUGGGUAUGCGCUUGGUGCGGGUUUGGAGUUGGCUGCGUCUUGUGAUUUCAGGGUUGCGGGAUUGAAUGCUGUUUUUGGGAUGCCUGAGGUCAAGAUAGGAAUUCCCAGUGUUGUGGAGGCAGCUCUUCUCCCUGGAUUGAUCGGUUGGGGCCGUACGCGACAGCUUCUGAUGCUCGGAGAGAAUGUUGAUGCUCAGGAGGCUUUGAGCUGGGGUCUUAUUGAGAAGGUAACCAAGCCUGAAGACUUGGAUGAGGCUGUCGAAAUCUGGCUGUCACAAUUAGAAAAGAAUGGACCCCUUGCUGUGAGACGACAGAAGGCUCUCAUGCGAACAUGGGAGAAUGUAUCGAUGGAUGAAGCAAUUCGAGCAGGAGUUGCUGCAUUCGAGGAAGCUUUUAUUGCAGAGAAUGGCGAGAGGACUGAGCCUUCAAGAAUGAUGGAGGCCUUCUUCCAGUCCAAGAAAAGCAAAUAUUAA